AUGGUAAAGAACCAGCAGGAAGGAAGAUCAAUGGAAAGCGAAAGAGAAAGAGUGAUGGAGCUUUUAAAGAAAUUCAGGGCAAUAUGCAAGAAUCUUUUGCAGGAAAACAACAAAGAAUUCAAAAAAAAUUCUGAGUCUAUGAGAAUCGACAUCUUAGCAGCAAGAGAGGUGAAGAAAAUGGGAUCUCUCUACAUACAGAGAACAAAUUCCCCAGGCCCAAUUCCAGGAGUGGAAGUGGGGGACAAAUUUCUGUACAGAAUGGAGCUCAUUCUGGUAGGCCUGCACAGUAAUAUACAGAAAGGGAUAGAUUUCAUCUGCAAUGGCGCCGGGGAAAGAAUCGCGACGAGCGUGGUGGCUUCGGGAGGGUAUGCCAACGAAACCAGCGACCCGAACGUGCUGAUUUAUUGUGGACAGGGCGGGGACAUGGUUUCUGGGAUUCAACAUGAAGAUCAGAGCCUGAAAAGCCCUGGAAACUAUGCACUGAAGAACAGCAUUAGAGUGAAGAAUCCUGUGAGGGUAAUCCGAGGCACCAAGGAAAAGGCAGAAUGUUCGUUUAGAGGAGAUGCGACAACGUUUGUGUAUGAUGGGCUGUACGAGGUUGUGGGAUUGUGGAGAGACACCAGCUGCAAUGGCAAGUUGCUGUACAAGUUCAAGCUGGUGAGGAUUACUGAAUCAUCUUCAUCAGACACAGCAUAUAUAUGCUAG